UCUCGACUGAAAUUUGUAGACUCCAUAUCUUUGCAAACACCGUCUAUGUAACAUAAUUAUUGGCAGAAAGCCAUGGCCGAUCCUCUCCUCACCUCGCUAUGUGCAAUCUGUCACAUUGCGCCGCCUCAAUACCGCUGUCCCCGAUGCGCUGUCCGAACCUGCUCUCUGCCCUGCAUCCGCAAGCACAAAUCAUGGGCUUCGUGCUCCGGCGAACGCGACCCAACCGUCUACAUACCGCCCAAGAACCUCAAAACUGCCGCCGGCAUCGAUCAUGACUACAAUUUUCUCAAAAAGUUGGAGCGAACGGUGGAGCGGACAGAGAAGGAGCUCGUCGAAGAGCGCGCUCUGGUCCAGAAAGAGGAGCUCCGACCGCUCACGAUCCGAGAGACCAAAUUCAAGGUUGGGAAAGACGGCCGCAAGAGGCGGGUCGUCGUCACACGAGUGCUGCGCGAGGCCAAGGGGAGGAAGACGGAUGCGGCGUUGACGAGGCGGCUCCAAGCGCAGGGGGUGAAUGUGCAGUACGCGCCGAUGGGGAUGCAGAGGAUGACGGAGAACACGACCACUUUUAAUAGGAAGAGCGGGUUGAUCUACUGGCAGGUGGAAUGGCAACACGUACGGGACAAUGGGGAGCUUGGCGAGAGGAAGCUUUGGAAGUGCUACGAGGACACGCCGCUGUAUGCUGGGUACCAUGCCAUACCGGGGGAAACGACGACGACGACGACGAAGAAGAACCAAGUCAAGGGGCCUGGGCGGGCGAACCGAUUCUUCUCCCAACUCCCGGCUGACAAGUCGUGGAACACGGUCGCGGAUAUGUUCCAAGACCCCGAGACGGGAAAGUGGUCGCCCGCAGCGCCGAUUGAAACCACGGGUGUCUGGCCCACUGAGCUGGAUCGGCGUCAACGGGCAGCGUACGACUAUUAUCUCGCCAACCCCGUGCGACAAGCUGGUAAGGCGCGGGUGGUUACGAAGCUGGGUGUCGACGAGUGUCUCCGAGACGUGCUCAAGGAUACAAAUGUGCUCGAGUUCCCGACCAUAUUCGUGCUACAUCAGGGCAUGGCCCUGCCUGAGGGCUACGUGCUUGGGCCAAAAAAGUUGACUAAGGGACCGAAGCGCAAGGCAGCCACGGAAAUGAGCCAUGCCAAGGGCGGCAAGCGGCAAAGGAGAGAUCGCGAGGAAGGGGAAGUGGGCAGCGAUAAGGACGAGCUCAUGGCCGGCGGACUCGAGGCUGGUGAAGUCGUUGGUGAGGAGAGCUUUGACGAGGACGAAAGUGAGGAUGGCGAUGACACAUCGGAUACCAGCAGCGAAGGCACGAGCAGCGAGGAGGAGUGGGGAGACGAGACGCAUGAUACCCAAGCAUAGCAUUCUUGAUCGACUAGGAAUGUAUAUUCACAGCAAAACACUGUAGUGUGUGCUAUCAAAGCUUUCCUCCGCUUGGAGUCGACGGGAAUUGUAUGUGCUGGCUGCAGGGUAUCUCGGUGCUCUACGGCUCCAACGUGUUCAUCCUGGAAAGUCAGGAACUGCUCGACCUCUUGCUCGACCCAGCCGAGAGGAGUCAAGGCUAUGUGGUUCGGCCCCAGCACCUGGCCCUGAUCAAGUCGCUGGAAGUGCGCAUAGACACCAUGCUCUUCCCGACGCCGGGCCAGGACUACGGUGGCGCAUACCGGGAGAGCCAUCCGAAUUGGAACGGGCGGCGGUCUAUGCCACACGUGGGUGGGUUGAAGGCCACGUUCCCCGGUUUGCAGACACUAGUCGUCUCUUUUACCGACUACUUGUACGAGGACCACAUAAC